AUGACUUCCCAGCUUUCCUCAACAGACUAUCCGUCCUCGGUCGUCCGCCUGCGCGACGAAAUCAUAGAAGCGACCAUUUUCUGCGAUUUCUCCGGCUCCGAGGCUGGCCAUGUUUCGGGCAAGACUAUCAGAAGCGUUGCUACUGAGCACAACAUCCUUCAGGCUCUCAAUCACGAGGGAUCUCUUGCCGGCCUCGCCGAUGAAGUGAAGAGACUUGCUGCAAAAAGAUUGUCAAUCUCGUCGCCCAAGCUCUUCCUUAUAUGCCUUGUCUUGAGUAUCGAUUUAUCGUUCAUUUGGAAGCGGAGGGGUCACGAGAUUGAUUCAAGAUUCACGGAUGACAAUCUUCCAUUCAGCUCCAAGACAGACAUUGAGCUCCACGAAAGAUCUUUCUUCAAGAGCCUUAUUCUCCCAUAUCAGCCAAGCGUACUCUGUCCAGCCUUCGUAAACGGCGACUUCGAUCUGAUAGUCAAUAAUGCAGCCUCCAUUCCUAUCAAGAGGCACGGCACACACUUCCCGAGAGGUGAGAAUGGCAAAGUCUACGAGGUUUCUGUCCAUAAAGACUAUCUGUCUCUGCUAGACGCUGCAGGUAAUAUUGAUGCUGACGACGAGGGUUGGAGCCGCAAACUCGCUAUGAAGGAAAUAUCUGACGACGAUGCUGCCACUCGCGAGAUCAAACUCGUCAAGGCCCUUAAUGCUGCGAGGUUCACAAUGAAGAGCACCAUGUACCUCAUUUCUGAACUAGGAGAUCGUGACCUCAACGAAAUGUUCAGCAAAACCGACCCUCCGGAGAAAAACGACGCUGCGCGUAAGUGGUAUCAAGAUCAGUUCUUAGGUCUUGCGGAAGCGGUCAAGCACAUUCACGACAUCAACCCCAGUAUGGCUGGGUACAUCCACGAUAUCAAGCCAGCCAACGUUGUCGCCUUCGGGAAAGAUCGCCCUACUCUGAAGCUUAUCGACUGGGGCUGCGCCAACGUCAACCCGUACAUUGCUGGCAAGUCUAGCAACAAGACUGGAAAGCACGGCGACACGUGUUACAUGCCGCCCGAGGCUACCGAGAAAGACAUCAGAAGAGACGGUUCAGUUGAGAAAGAUGACAAAGGAGACGGUUCGACCAAAGACGAUGGAACAAAAGAUUCAAGCAAUGAGGAAGACGAAGAACAUGGCGACUCAAAGAAUGAGGACGACGAACGAAGCUCAUCAGAGAGUGAGCAGGAACCAAAAGUCUAUUCGCGGCCAUACGACAUAUGGUCCAUGGCGUGUCUGUACACAGACUUCAUGGCCUGGUUCACGGAAGGCAAGGACCAACACAAUGCUUUCGUUCAGGAGAGAAAGAAGAAGGGUGGUGUAGAUGACUUUCACUUCAACUACGAGAUCAAGGACGUGGUAACCGAAAAGCUCGACUUUCUGAGCAAAGAGAAAGAGUGGGAAGGUAUAGUGAAGCUUGUGCGGGAGAUGAUGAUGAUCUGGCCGAAGGACCGCUUGACUUCUGCGGAGGUCGUGGAAAGAUUGAAGGCGUGGAUCCAGCAGCUGACAAAGUGA